AUGGACGCACCAUCAGGGACAGCAGGUGUGACUGCGGGUGACGGACAUCGACAGCUAUUCGACCACAGAAAGGACGAUCCUGUCCGGUUCUCCGUCUUUUCACGUCCUUGCGCGUCCCCAAAUGGGGCGAACCAGAGCGCAGUCCUAGGCCGACCGACUCCAACGCCCAAGUCUUCUGGGGACUACGUCUCCGCGUCUUCGACAUCGUCUGCCUCUUACGCUCAGUCGUCUAUCUCGUCUAAUUUUAAGUUGUCUUCUGCCACUACGGACACGUCCUCUGCAGCCUCUGCGCUAUUCGACUCUGCGAAUGCGAAAGGUCACGGGCGACGUCCAGAGGGAGAGGAUAGCGCGAGCGGGGCGAAUGCGUUCUCUACGCAGCUGAAGAAAUUGUACCAUGCGAUCAGCGCGCUUGAAGCUCGGAUCAUGGGAGAAGACUGA